AUGAGUAACCAUCCCAGAGUUCUAGCUAUAGCGGCAAGUAAUUCGUUUAAAUUACUUUUAGACUGUGGACUAUAUUUUUUUGAUGAUGAAGAAGAUGGUAAUGACGAGGAUUUAACCUGUGAUAAAGAGGUUCCAAUCAGGAUCAAAAACUACAUCGAAAAGGUUGUUGUUCAUUAUUCAGAUAAUGUAUUUCAAAGCCAUUUUAGAUUAUCCAGAUCGGUGUUUUAUAAUACUCAAUACCCAUGA